AAUCCGAUAGCAGCAAUGCCUUAAUGCUAUUACAGCCACAUGCUUGCUGCAGAGCGACUCAGAACUCAGAAACAGAUAGCAGGAGCAGGAGGCAGCCAAGGCAAAAAGCGAUCGAGAGAAAACUAGACAUCUCUUUAAAAACUAACCAAGGCAAUACCAUUCCCAAACUCGAUCACCUCGACAACAACAAAAACAAAACAUUGCAUCUCCCAAUAAGACUAAUACAGUAUAGUAUAUCUGGUGACGUUAAACCGUUCUGAAGAUUUUAAUAACUGAUGGAAUGAAUCGACUGAAUAACCAAAUCCCGCUGUCUACCGGUGUUUGUCAAAAAAUAUAACCGCAUGUACAAAUAUUUAUUUUCAGAUAGAGGGACUUUCUAUUAGCUCUAAAGACGUCGUUUUUUUUGACUGUGAAUCAUAAAGGAAGUGUCAGAAGAAGGGGACAAAAUCAAAUUUCUGAAGAGAAAGCCACAGACGCAGUGGUGGAAAGAAGCCAGUCCAUGUAAACCGAGUGAAAAGAAUUACAGUUAAUUGAAAAGGGCGCAGGAGUUUACCCCAAGAUGGAUAUAAUAAUACCUUUAAUUGGAAUUGUACUUCUCUGCUUUUUAACUCCAGCAGUCUCUGGACAAGAAGAAACUUCAUGUGGCGGUCGUUUGAACGCAAAGGAUGCUGGGUACAUCACGUCUCCAGGAUACCCGCACGAAUACCCGCCUCACCAGCGCUGCGAGUGGGUCAUUACUGCUCCCGAACCGACUCAAAAGAUUGUCCUCAACUUUAACCCUCACUUUGAACUUGAAAAACUCGACUGCAGGUAUGACUACAUUGAAAUCCGAGAUGGCGAAAAUGAAUCCGCAGACUUGCUGGGGAAACACUGCAGCAACAUAGCGCCCCCUGCCAUCAUCUCCUCUGGACCAGUGCUCUACAUUAAAUUUGCCUCUGACUAUGCCCACCAGGGGGCAGGCUUCUCCUUGCGCUACGAGAUCUUUAAAACAGGUUCGGACUACUGCUCAAGAAACUUCACCAGUCUCAGUGGCGUGAUUGAAUCUCCCGAAUAUCCUGACAAAUACCCCCACAACCUGGACUGCAUCUUUAUUAUCACAGUCCCACCUAGGAUGGAAGUCACCUUGACAUUCUUGACCUUCGACCUUGAGAACGACCCUUUGCUUUCUGGAGAAGGAGACUGUAAAUAUGACUGGCUGGAGGUCUGGGAUGGACUGCCCCAGGUUGGACCCCUGAUUGGACGGUAUUGCGGGACCAAGGUGCCCCCAGAGAUCCAAUCGUCUACCGGCAUCGUGUCGCUCUCCUUCCACACCGACAUGGCGGUCGCAAAGGACGGCUUCUCCGCACAGUACAUCAUGACACCCAAGGAGGCCACUGAAACUUUCCACUGUAGCAGUGCUUUCGGCAUGGAGUCUGGAAAAAUCACUGAUGAGCAGAUCAGCGCCUCCAGUUCUUUUUACGAUGGCCGCUGGUCACCACGACAAGGCAGGCUCAACAACCAUGACAACGGCUGGACCCCUGCUGAGGACAGCAACAAGGAAUACAUUCAGGUGGACCUGCUCUUCCUAAAGGUGCUAACAGGUAUCGCUACCCAGGGAGCCAUCUCCAAGGAGACCAAUAAGAGCUACCACAUCACCACAUUCAAGCUGGAAGUCAGCACCAACGGAGAGGACUGGAUGAUGUACCGCCACGGCAAGAAUCACAAGGUGUUCCAUGGAAAUACUGACCCCGCCGAGGUGGUUCUUAACAGGAUCCCACAACCAGUUUUGACUCGUUACGUCCGAAUCAGACCCCAGGCCUGGCAAAAUGGGAUUGCCCUUCGAUUUGAACUAUAUGGCUGCCAAAACACAGACGCUCCCUGCACUGAAAUGCAGGGCAUGCUUUCCGGCCUCAUUCCUGACUCCCAGAUCACUGCCUCCUCGGCUCGGGACAUCCACUGGUCCUCGGGAGCUGCCCGUCUUGUGGCUAGCCGCUCUGGGUGGUUCCCUAGACAUCCACAGCCCAUUGCAGGGGAGGAGUGGCUGCAGGCAGAUCUGGGGGUCCCCAAGACUGUGACGGGGGUCAUCAUCCAGGGGGCUCGCGGAGGGUCUGUCAGCGAGGGCAGCACCACAGUGGAGAACCGUGCCUUCGUCAGAAAGUUCCGUGUGGCUCACAGCAUGAACAGCAAGGACUGGGACUUUAUCAUGGACCAGAGGACCAUGCAGCCUAAGAUGUUUGAAGGGAAUACACAUUACGACACCCCGGAGAUCCGUCGAUUCAGCCCGGUGCCGGCUCAGUAUGUCCGCGUGUAUCCAGAGAGGUGGUCCCCUGCUGGAAUCGGAAUGAGGCUGGAAGUGCUGGGCUGCGAUCUGUUGGAAACCACUUCCUCUGCUGAAACCCUGACUCCCACCAUGCGAAACGAAGACAUCACGACAGAGCCUCCGUGUCACAGUGACCCCUCGGGCUGCGUCACACAAGCCCCGGAAUAUACUGACUCCACUUACAGCUUCAACUGCGAGUUUGGCAGCAUUGAGACAAACGACCUCUGCAGCUGGUCUCAUGACCCUUCAUCUGACUUCAACUGGGCCUUUCACCCACGCGGGACUGGCGGGACUCUGGGCGCUGGGCCCAGCCAGGACCACCUCUUGGGUUCAAAUGGAAAUGGCAACUAUUUGUAUGUGGAAGCUAGCCAGAAGACAGAAGGGCUCCGUGCUAAGUUGCUCAGCCCCCCAGUUUCUGCUCUGGGGGGGCAGCUCUGCAUGGUGUUCUGGUACCACAUGCGGGGGGCCAACGUUGGGACCCUUCGUGUGCUGAUGAGUGAAACUGACCAACAAGAGACCACUCUGUGGUCUGUGAGGGGCGACCAGGGCAGUGAGUGGACGGAAGGAAGAACCGUACUGCCCGAGUCCCCCAAGCAAUACCAGAUUGUGAUGGAGGCGGAUAUAGAUCAUGGAUUCAAAGGAGAUAUAGCGAUUGAUAACAUUCACAUAUCAACCAGCAUCCCAGUUAACGAAUGCACUCAACCCUUCACAGCCUUUUACCCUGAAACCACAGGGGGCACCCUUCCUGGAGGGAGCGAACCCACAGUAGACUCGGUGUCAGUGCAACCCAUCCCAACCUACUGGUAUUACGUAAUGGCCGGGGGAGGUGCUCUCUUGGUGAUGGUGCCCCUCGUGUUGGUGAUGGUUCUCUACUGCCACCGGUACCGCUUUGCGGCCAAGAAGAGCCAGCACUCCAUCGCCUACAAAAACACCCCGUAUCCCAGCAACGCCGUAACCGGCGUGGAGCCCACAAUGGCUAUAAAACUAGAAAAGGAGGACCACAGCCCGCAGUGCUGAGAAGGGACUCUUUAAGACACACGCUUAGAAAAAACAAACACAAACAAAAACAAACAAAAAGUGACUGUCAUGUUGCCUAAUAUACCGUAAUUGCACCUUUUAUACCAUUUGUUGAUGGAAGAAAAUGACUGCCUUUUUUUCUAUUGGAUGCUGCAUCUGGGAAACACAAAUUAAUAGGAAUGACAAAUAGACUACAAUCCAAUUAUAGAUCACAGCGAGGAGGGUGUCUGUCUGAGAGAACGCUUCAGGCAUGGUUGUAGUGGGCUUAGUUUUGUCACAAACCCUGCUUACAAUUCUUUUAGGAUAGUAAAUAUCACGAUAUACCAUUAAAAUAUGAGCUUGCUUUGAUUUUAUCCAAAUACAGAAUGCUCAAAAAAUAGUAAGGGCAAUGAAAUUCCACUUCUGGUCCAAGGCUCUUAUUUUGUGUCACAUGAAAGAAUUGAGUUUCUAAAAUGGUACCCAUGUGAUCCUUUCACCUCAGUAAGAACUUCACAACCUCUUGGUGGGUAUACUCUGCUCAGUGACGCAGCAGACAGACAGAAAGAUAGGCAUUCCAAGCUUAGCACAGAGCUUUAUUUCAGUAAGAAAAAACUGAGCUGGAAUCCAACAAUAGCAUUCAUUAUCCACUGGUCAUGCUAGGUGUCCUCGACCAGUCGUUCUGGAAUGGCAGAGGUUUCUGUGAUUUGGAAUUAGCUUUGUAUCAACAUGCUCUGCUUUUAUAAACUGAUUAACUUCUUGCAAAAACCUUCUCGGAGAACUGUGUUCCAGAAGAAUGCGAUUUCCUGUUCAUUUGAAGAGAUCUACACUGAACAGUACAAUACAGUAAUUGCUGGCAGCCAAUAUUAAAGGAACAUAUUCAUGCUGAGACCGAGGGAUAAAUGGUUCCUGCUGUCCAGUGGAAAGUUCAAAACAAAAGAACAAAUCCUAUUGCAUCUGCUCACUUGUGACAUGAAACGUUGCGUUUAUCAUAUGCAAAGGGCUUCUAGUUGCCUUACGUAGCCUUGUUUGUUUGAAGCCUGUGAUGAUAUUAACUUUACAUGAAAAAACUGGCCUUAAAAAUUUGGGGUGCUGUCUAAGUCUGGCUUUUUCUGUUUUCUUUUUCUUUUUUUUUGGUUUAAUGAAAAAGUGCAGUCGAGUGAUGAUGAGUGUGUCUACUAGAUCAGAUAACAGAGGGUUUGCUUGCAAGUGGCAGUUCCCAAGGCACUUUGGCUGCUUUGGAUGUGGCACUGCCUUAGCAACAAGAUUGCAAUGCUUUUUUGGCUUACUAAAUUUAUUAUAAACAGUUACUCCUUUUUAACACUGGGAAUUCAUUAUGGCAAGAAUCCACACAAUAGUGAAUGAUAAACAAACAAUAUAUAGGACUUUAUACCUCACAAUGCCUGUACUUUCAGAGCACAACCCAGCCUGGCAUGAAAUCAACAUGUUUCUGAUUCCCUUCUUGUUCAAGGGUGUUAUUCUAAAGUUGCUGGUACCUGCAGUGCCUAACACUGAUGUCUUGUGGAGCGGAAUGAGGUUGGUGCUGGAGCGUGUUUACAUGUUUAUGGGCCGCACAGCGCCUAAGGAGUUAAAUGCCAGUGGUGUUCGAGAGAUAGAAAGAAGCUUACAAGUCUAGAACAGAAUUGUAUCCAAUAGAAAAGCAAUUACACUGCGAAUCCAAGCCUUUCAAAGCUGAGCCAUGCCUAAUUAGAAUUCCAAUCUCGAUCAUUUUAUCGCUUAGACAUUGGAUCAACACUGGUUCAGAGUGCUUAUCGCAUUACAAAAGACGCUUCCACGGCUUCCAUAUGUUGCCUGAAUUCAAUCCACAUUCUUUAUUACCAAUAUGCGGUUUUAAGAAAAAGAAAUAUCCAGUUACAUUUUACAUCUGGAUAUACUGAUGCAUACAGAUAAUACUUUUAUUAGAUUUUUGGCUAAAUAUGUAUAUUAUAAAUUUUGGGUGUGUGGAACCGGUUAACAGAUCAGAUAACUUUUUUUUAAAACCUGAUGCACAGUCUGAAGCAGUAGGGCUACCUGCCUCUCCAACCAGCUCUUUAGAACAUCACCCCAGAUAGAUUACACUGAAUCUUGGGAGUUCCUUGGGAUGUCUUAAUAGUCUUUCAUUAUAAAGAACUCAUAAUGAAUCCCGCUACUGCUUUCACGUUUUAGUGUUUAAUGUUGUUACAGUGUAGAGAAUAAUCGUUAACAAAUACCUGUUCUGUUUAAUGAAACCAUUUUUUGUUAAGGAUCUCAGGUUGACAUGCCUGUCUAUGUGAGGUUCUGUCUUUUUAUGUGUUCAUGUACACAUCAGGUUAUGUAGGAAUGCCAGGUACCAGGACAUUGUAAAAGAUGCAUGUUUGUAUUGCCUGAUUUGGCAUUAUUAGCCCUUUCCCCUUUACAGAAGAGAUGUGUGCAGAAAAACUGCGUUUAAAAGAAAAUGGGAAAAAAACAGCUAACAGAUCAAACCACUGUUCAGAUUGUCCUAUAAAAGUGUGGCUUUUUGGUUGCUGUACAAGACAGUUAUCUGAAGAAAGACUGGUUUAUUUCCAAUUGUUUUUUAAGGGCAAGAAAAAAAACAGGGGAUUAAAAAAAAAAAGUCUUCCUGUAGAAUUGCAAGUAUGUUCUCUGACAUUUUUAACCUAUAGCACUUGUGGAAAGAUCUGAAUUAAAAAAUGCAUUUAUAAAGACAGAAAUACUUGGGGAAACAUUGGCAUGUACCCAUAAUGUAUAUUUAAAUCUACUUUAGGUUCUGUCACUCUCCAUGAAUUAUUUUAAAGCUCUUAAUAUUUUAAUUAGUUAAUGGAUAAGAUAACUUUAUUAAGCCUGCAGUAAGUUUUCCCCCCAUUCAUCAACAAAAUACUAAUGAGAAAAAGCACUCACUGUAAGAAUUUUCCUGCAGUCUUGAAGUUAAAAAAUGAAAGAAUAAACUAUGCCAAGCAGUGAAGCAGCGGCUUUUGACUCGUAGUGCAAUCGAUGCAGUUUUUUUACUGGGAAGCCUGCAGUGCUUUUAUGUACAACAGCCAACUGGCAAGUUCAAAACAGGUCUGGGGAUGGAGACAUAGAAUAAAACAAUUUAAGCCACAAGUAUUUCACCAGAUGAGAAUUUAAGACUAAAUGUUCACUAUUUUUGUACAUCAGAAUCUAGAGAAAGCUCAAUCAUUUGCUGUGUGUAAGACAGUUUCUUCAUAAAAAUAUAAUUAGUAUUCUUGGGAUCUUAUUAUCUCCUUUGCUGAUUUAAUUCCUGGAAGCUCUUUCCUGGUCAGUAAUUGUAUUACUGGCUUUCCUAUAACUGUAUUUGAUGUUUUAUUUAUUUAAUACAGUCGUAUUCUUAAUCAAGCAGAUUUCUUCUGUAUCCUUCUUGUCCUGUGUUUGUGAAUGUAAUGCAUAGACUGUGAUUGUUACAUAUUCAGAGCCAUGCCCAUCUUGCUCUUCAGCUCAUACUGUUUGUAAGGAAUCUUUUAGCUUGUGGGAUUUUAUGGAGAUGUAUUGUGCGGAAUGUAAUAAAGAUGAUAUUUUUAUAAAAAAGAAAAAAAAAAGAAACUUGCUCUCUUCUCUUUAAAAAAAAAACGUAUACUAAAUUUCAGUUUGCAUAAAAUGUUAUGUCCAUGAAAGAGAAAAAAAAAAAAGUUUUACAAUGUCAUACAGAUGUUAUUUUCACUGCCUUAAAAUUGCAUCAGCAUGGCAUCAGGAUUUUUUGUUUCCUAAUAAUCUAUUGAGGAUUUUAUAUAUGACCACCUGAUUUGUCCAUUUGUUUGUUUGCCCUCCAGAGCACACUGUGAGACAGACCCAACACACACACUGUACUAUUCGCUCUUCAUGAAGCUUCACUACUGAAUCAUUAAUGGCUAAAGUACUAUGUACUGCUAUAUAAAUACACACUGUGGAUCCACUUGACAGUGUUGUCAUUACCAGUACCUCAAAUAAAACCAUAAGCUGAUGUCAUCCUUAGUGUUUUAGUUUAUGAAUGUUUUCAAACUGCAGAACUGUGUUACGGUUUAAAAAAGAUGCGUUUUGAGUCACCAUAUGUUAUAUAGUUGAAUUUUUUUGUCUCAUAAAAGCAUACUUUCAGGGAUACGUUAUAUGCUAGAUGCCCAACCUUGCUGUAGAAUAAAAAGACUGAAGUCUACCAUUUAUUU